AUGACAAGACUUGCGGAUCCUGCGGGGAGGUUAGCCUUUAUCGCAGACUUCAAAGGGCAGGCUUCUAUUGGCCAAGUAUGGGUAAAGACGCAGACCAAGUCCAAACCCAAUGUGGGACCUGCCAGCUCACAACAGACAGAGAAGAAAGUUACGCUGCGUUCAUCAACAAAAACUGGAGAAGCCUAUUCGUACAAGGCAGUGCCACUCCGAAAAGCCAGUGCCACUCCAAAAAGCCACAGGAGGAGCACAGGAGGAGCAGUGGCAAACUUCAUCAAGGAAAACAUAGUUGUGAGGUUUGGAGUGCCCCACAAGAUUAUCAGCGAUAAUGGCACAUCGUUUAUCAACAGUGAUGCAAGGAAAAUGCUGGAGUUCUACCAAGUCAAACACCAUUGUUCAUCGUCUUAUUACCCUCAAGGAAGUGAGCAAGCAGAGGCAACAAACAAGGUUCUUAUAAAGAUCAUCAGUAAAAUGAGCAAAGAGUACACAGGAGGAUGGGCAACACACCUGCCAGACGUCCUUUGGGCAUACAGAAAAUCAACAAAGUCUGCCACAGGAUUUUCACCAUUUUCCUUGGUAUAUGAGACAGAAGUAGUAAACCCCACAGAAGUAAUGACUCCAUCUCUGAGAUUUAUGCAGAUGCAGGGAAAGGAAAAGGAGGAAGAAGCCCAAGAGCGUAGCCACAGAUACAAACAAAAUAUGACAGAAGCCUAUGGUAGGAUGACUAAAGAGAGGGUGUUCGCGGAAGGACAACUUGUGCCGAAAGUGGCAGACUAUGUCAGGCGAGGUAUGGCAGGACCAUCCAAGUUUGCACCAAAAUGGAAGGGACCCCUUGUGAUAAGAAAGACACACCCGAGUGGAUAUUAUCGUCUAGCCUAG